UUGAAAAACUGGAUAAUAUAACUACCACGCACAGCUUUUAGUUUUUUCCAUCCUUGGGAGGGAGAUUUGUUUAAUUUUCAUUCGAAAUUUGCAAGUUUUCUCCUGUAAAGUAUGUCUUUCAUCGAUGAAUUUCAGUCCAAUUUGGAAGCGCUGCCAAAUACCUUGCAAAGGAAAUACUCAUUGUUGCACGAUUUGGAUAAAAGUUUACAAGAAAUCCAGCGACAAAAUGAGCAACGCUGUGAACAGGAAAUAGAUGAUAUGAAGCGUGGUAUUAAGUCUGGUAACAUUACGCCAAAUUGUUCGCUUCUAAAAUUCUCGGAUGAUGCUCUGGAUGAGCAGAAACAUGCCAUCAGGAUUGCUGACGAGAAAGUUGCAUUGGCUAGUCAGGCCUAUGAUUUGGUAGAUUCUCAUAUUCAGCAGCUUGAUCAAUAUCUGAAAAAAAUUGAUGAAGAUCAGCGGCGAGAAAGAGAAAAUGUGGCAGCAACUGGAUCAGCUUCCACAGCUCCCGAUCAUAUAAUGAAAGCUGGAAAGGCUGGUGAGAGUAGCAACAGAGGACGUAAAAAGACUCGUCUUGCUACAGCUACAGUGGCAACACCAACAGCGAAUACAACUAGUAUGGAGCUAGAUCUACCAGUUGAUCCCAAUGAACCAACAUAUUGUUUCUGCAACCAAGUGAGCUAUGGAGAAAUGGUUGCUUGUGAUAAUCCUGAUUGUAAGAUAGAAUGGUUCCACUAUGGCUGUGUUGGUCUGAAAGAACAACCCAAGGGCAAAUGGUACUGCUCAGAUUGUGCUGGGAAGCGAAAGCGUAAGAAAGGUAGAUGAUGGAUUCCGCUCUACGUGCUUUUCUCUACGGUCCUACAUUGCUGAGUUCAGGUGUGGAUAUAAUUGAAAAUUAGAAACUAUAUGCAUCUUCAUUUUCGUGGUAAAUUUAUGCCUGCUCUUAGGAUUGGAUUUACAAGAUGCAAAUAGUAUCUUUGUGCAAGUAUUUUUAAUCUAUGGACGCGUGUGAACAUUUGUAUAUUUUACACAGACUGUAUAUUAUCAGGCACAAUUUAUUUACGAAUUACUCUGAAAUUGCAGCAAAAUUUGUUGAUAUUACAGGAUUGGCGUGUAUAUUUUCA